AUGUCCGGUCGUCGUGAAGUUGUGCAUGGCAUGCCAGGUAAAUACAUAUGGGUAACUUACAAAGAAGUUUCUGACAUUGUGCUGCAAAUUGGUAAUUCCAUUUGCAGCUGUGGAGUUGCGGACAAAGGACGGUGUGAAAUUUAUGGUGCUAAUUCUCCUGAGUGGGUUCUAAGUAUGGAGGCUUGUAAUGCUCAUGAACUCUAUUGUGUUCCUUUGUCUGACAUUUUGGGUGCUGGAGCAAUAGCAUACUUCACGUGCCAUGCAGAAUCUACACUUGAUUUUGUGGGACAAAAAAUAAUCUUUGAUCUGCCAAAUCCUUUCCUUGGGGAUAUUGGUGAAUGGCAGCCUGAGGGGAGCUUGAAGUUUGUUUAUUUCAGAAGGAAUAAUUUUAAACACUCAGGAGAAGAAUAUGUGGAAGUGGAAAAUUUCGAGAAAGUCUAUGAUAUUGUCUCGAUAUUGGUAUACGGGAACAAUUGGGAGGCCUUUCUUGUUGCUAUUAUUAAUCCAACCAAACAAGCAGUGGAGCAAUGGGAAGCACAAAAUUUCCUUGUUGCUAUUAUUAAUCCCAACAUCCAAGCAGUGGAGAAAUGGGCAGCACAAAUUGGUGUGUCUGGGGACUGCAAUGCCCUCUUUGCUUUUCUGGGGGAUUUCUUGUGGGAAGGGUUGGGUUUUCGGGUGUUUUGA